AUGUUAACAAAGAUCGCAGCAUCUGUGGAGACGGUAGCCGAGAAGCAGCAGCGCGUGAAGGCAAGGCGUCUGGAGGAGGACGAGCGACGACGUGCGAAGCUCCAUGCCGACCUUCAAGCCAAGGAGGAUAAGCGGCGCAAUAUCGAGGCAGCAAAACUGCAGCAGCGAUUGGGAGGAGGCCACGGUGCACCUGGACGUAAUCGUAAAUCUUCGGCUGCACAACCAUUUGGUCGGCCGCUCGUGGCGCCCAGCACGGCCCGCGCGGGACAGAAGCGUGGAAGGUGUUCCCCUGAAUUUACACCAGCAAAACCCAAGCGACCUAAAGUCGAGGCGGGGUGGAGGGGCCCAGUGGAGGAGUUGGGUGCCAUACCCGCCUUGGGUCGCAAGGCAGGCCCACAGACCUCAGGAGGGAGUUUAGCCGAGCCCAUCAGUGUGGGUGCGGCUGCAGCUGCAGCAGCACCACCACCACAACUACGAAAACAGCCUACUGUUGAAGUGCAGAUUGCCAGGGUGGCUGGUAAGCCGGCGUCCCCUUCGGCAACAGCAGCAACACAGGCUCGCGGGAGAGGCACGCGGCAGAUGCGUGACUUGGAGGCUCAGUUCGGCUCGCUGGUCAUGCAUCCCAAAGCGAAAGCUGCCACGGAGCACGGUGCCAUAAUCCUACAGCGCAAAACACCAGCCGCAGCUGCCAUGGCGCUGAGACGGUCUAUUGCCGCACCAGCAAAGAAGCGGGGCGUGAAGGAGCCACAGCGUGGCUCCAAGGCUGCAUCAGAGAGUGUGGUGACCAUCGCGCCUGCACUCACCACUGGUAUCGCGCCCGUAGCAGAAACGCCCGCGGAGAUGGGGCAGCCUCGCCCAUCUCAGCGUCAGCAGCCCGUUGCAGGCGAGGUGGUUGUUGACCCUUUGCAUGGCUACAGUCGAGGCGGCACCCCCGGAGCCGGCGCGCGACAGGAAGCCACAGAGGUCGCCAUUGCAGGCGAAGGCCCUUGGGGCCGCUCUGGCUGCAGCCGAACGCCAACGCCAGAUUGUGCUGCUGGAACCGUGGAAGCUGUGCUGCACGGAAACGUCAAGGCAAAGGCAGCCUUCUAUGAACAGAAGAACGAGCAGGCUAAGAAAGCGGCAACGGAACAUACUCCCCUUCGAAAACAGGCAGUUGGCGCGACUGCAAACCCCGCAUCGGGUUACAGAGCAGGAUUUAUGGGUCUCAGUCUGGUCAAGACCCCUGGACCGAAGACUGGCACUGCCAAGACCCCCGGACCGAAGACUGGCCCAGUGGCCAACAACAUGGUCUCCCCCGCUGUGCAGAUGCAGAUUAAGCUCCUGCCCGCCGUCCACGCCCAGUCUGCCGCUGCGGGUCCCGAGGGCUCCAAAGCUGCUGGCGCUGCACCAGGCUUGCCCAGGCCGAAGCCAGUGGGCGUGGUGCAGGCAAAGCAGGCGCCAGUCGCGGCUGCUGGUUCCCAGAGGGAGGGUGGUGUAACGCCCGGAGCUGCAGACCUUACGGAGGAGGACCGGCGGAAUGUGCUCGCAAUUCAGACGUCGCCCUAUGUCAUGCAGAUCAAGCCGCGGACGCCCGCCGUGACGACCGCUACUAAACCCCUUUUUAACUAUAAGAUCUCAACAUACAGGUCCGACUCGGAUUCCGACUCCUGUGACGACGAGGAUGGCCCUGGUCGCCGGUGCAAGCCGGUGCCUGCAUGGGCAGCGGAGGACAAGGUCUUGCUCGCGGUGGAUGCCCAAGCCGGCAUGAAUGCUGACGCCAUCUUCGGCAGUUACCCCAGGACAAUCGACGUCGUCAAAGUCUUUUCCAACAUGCCCCCGCCGGGCGACAAGGAUCCUCGUGGCCGGCCACGGCGUGAUUACCGGCGGCGAGGAAGCAGCGGCAACUGGGAACUUGACAUGUUUUGA